CCUCAGAUAUAACUCACAGUCUUCCUUGCCACUGGCAGCUGACAAUCCAGAAGUAAGCGGCAGCCACAGCAUUAACUUGGUAUCUAGGCAUAAGUUUCCCAAGCAUGGCUGAAGGCAAGACUUGGAAAGUGCGGGUGACUUUUGCUAUUAUUUUGAUAGGCGUCGCUUUAAUGUUUACAGCCGUGGUGACAGAUCACUGGGCUGUGCUGAGUCCUAAGGUGGAGGAGUACAAUGCUACCUGCGAGGCAGCUCACUUUGGACUAUGGCGGAUCUGUACAAAGCGGAUCUUCAUGAAAGAAAAUGAGACGGACAAGGAGAAGGGUUGUGGGCCAAUAAGCCUGCCAGGAGAACGCAACUGUUCCUAUUUCACACACUUUGUCUCAGGAGAGAGCUCAGAGAUUUUUGAAGUGUCAACACAAAGAGAAUACAGCAUUUCUGCAGCUGCCAUUGCCAUCUUCAGCGUUGGCUUUUCCAUCAUCGGAACUAUUUGUGUCCUCUUAUCCUUCAGGAAAAAGAUGGAUUAUCUCCUAAGGCCAGCUGCUAUGUUUUACACCUUUUCAGGCUUGUGCAUUAUCAUAUCCGUGGAAGUCAUGAGGCAGUCUGUCAAAAGGAUGAUUGACAGCGAUUAUACAGUCUGGAUAGAGUACUACUACUCGUGGUCCUUCUCUUGUGCCUGCGCCUCCUUUGUCCUGCUCUUCAUCUGCGGGAUUGCUCUGCUGCUCAUCUCCUUGCCUCGCAUGCCCCAGAAUCCCUGGGAGACUUGUAUGGAUGCCGAGCCAGAGCAUUAAGCCACUCCGGGCUCAGAUUGCAACUUAAGUAACAUCCUAUCCCCCUGCUCUGAGCAUGCAUAUGGAAAGGUCAGCUAUAUAUAUAGAUAUUAUAAGAGGCCUCCAGGAGACAGUGUAGGAUGACUGAAGAAUCUUUGGAGAACACUUGUUUGUGGAAUCGAAGGGGAGGUUAAAUACAAAGCACCGUUCAUUUAAAACAAAAAUAAAAGUGUUAAGAUUACUAGCUCCGGAAACAAGUUCAAAUAAUUGUGCUCUGCGGCACUAUCAGUUUGUAAUAUGCCCAAUGUAGAUGAGGAACGGAUAGCAUUAAUCCACUUGAAUGGAGAUGUGCAUUUAAGAGAGCGCUUUUGUCGAUUUUUUUUUUUAACCCCACCCAGCUUCCAUAAGGUAUGAGAGGG